CCCAACCCGUACUGUCCUGGUUUGUGCAAGCUGUCGGCUUUUCAGCCAUGGCAACAGCAACAUUCUUGCUCUCUUCCGAAAUAUUUGCACCGUACCGACAGUUACGAACAAUCAGCUCGUCAGUCCAACGAACUUCAGCUCACAUUUCGCCAUUGUCGACCACUUGUUGUAAAACUAAGAAGCCUUUGAAAGCUAUUGUCGGUAAUGUCUUGCGGAACCAAAGGGCCUUAGCAGCUCUCAUAGGGGUAGGUUUCGCCCUAACCCUUGGUGGAUCUGCUUCUGCUGCUGAAUUCCCUUUGUGGGGUAGCACGUUGCGGCUCAGUGAACCCGAUAAUGCGCUCUCUCUACCUACCUGGGCUAUUCAUGUCUCCAGCGUCGUCGAAUGGAUUACAGCAAUGGUUCUGGUGUGGCAAUAUGGAGAGAAACCUGGGAAUGAAUCUUGGAAGGGGCUUUCUUGGGGUAUGGUACCCCUGCUUGGCGGAGCAUUUUGUGCAUGCACAUGGCAUUUCUUCUAUAACUCUGAGUCUCUUGAGGUGCUGGUGGCCCUGCAAGCAGCACUGACUGUUGUUGGUAACUUCACAAUGUGCAUUGCAGCAUUUCGAAUAUACAAGUCUAGUCAAUGAAGUUUAGGGACCUGAUAAUACAUAUUAUCAUGGGGGUUUUUUCUUUAUGGCCUGACAAAUCUUUAACCAUUUCCUUUCGGUCACUCUGCAAGGUGAACUAUUAUUAUUCUUGUUCAUGUGUCUACUUUGCAAGGUGAACUAUUAUUGUUCUUGUUUCUCACAGUUACGACACCAUUAUUUGUAAUGGCGGUUACACUGGUGCAGGAAGUAGGAAAUGGUGGAGGUAAAGUUGAAGCUUUCUUAUUGGUGAUCAGAAAUGGCGUAUCGGAUGAGGAGAAGUUGAG